AUGUCUGUCUGUUCUCUCUCUCCCUCUCUUCCUGUUUCCUGUUUUUGUGGUCAUCUGGGACGUAUGCUGCCACAUAGUCUGCACCUGACCACGUUCUGCCUGCAGUACAGUCCUCCCGUCGUGGCCUGUGUGUGCAUCCACCUCGCCUGCAAAUGGUCCAACUGGGAGAUCCCCGUGUCUACAGAUGGCAAACACUGGUGGGAAUAUGUUGAUCCCACGGUUACCCUUGAGCUGCUGGACGAGCUCACACAUGAGUUCCUGCAGAUUCUGGAGAAAACACCCAGUCGGUUGAAACGGAUUCGCAACUGGAAGGCUGGAGGUCAGACACCAAAAGUCAAGCCAAAGGUCCAGGAGGAGGGCGACCAGAGGGACACCAUGAUGAGCAUGAUCUCCAUGGCCUCAUCAGAGAGCACUGUGGCAGGCCUGAUGAGCCUCUCAGCUCCACCUUCAGCCUCUUCUUCCUCAUCUGCGGGCGACAAGGACAGAAGUACGCCUGGCAGCGCUGCGACUUGGAGUGGUAAAAGUCAGGGUGGAGCUGAGCAGCAGCAGCAGCAACAACCGCAGCAGCAGCAGCAGACCAAUCACGAGGUCCACGCCCCGGCUAAGGUGUCGCUGAGCGAGUACCGUGCCAAGAACGCAGACGUCUUGGCCGCCCAGAAGCGGAAGCUGGAGAACAUGGAAGCCAGCGUGAAGAGGGACUACGCCAACGCCGCCCAGGCUCUCAUCGGUCAGCAGCAGAGGAAGGAGAAGCAGCAGCAGCAUCAUCACCAGCAGUCCAGCUCCUCCUCCUCUGACAUGUCCAACCCGUCACCCAUUAUUCUGAAAAUCCCUCUGGAGAAGGAGAGGCACGACAGGAGCUCUUUGAAAAUGCGCUUCCCCCUAGCCGGCGGAGGAGGAGGAAGCAGCGGGCACAGCGGCAGCGCCCGAGGUCAGGACCAGGAUAUCAAAGUCAGAAUACGAGUGCCUGAGAAGCAAAGAGGGAGCUCAGGAGAGGAGGGCAAGAGCAGGGACAAGCACAGGGAACGGUCUAACCACCACCAUCACCAUCAUCACCACCACCACCAUUCAUCCUCUAGCGGCACCUCAAUGUCUUCUUCACAUAAACACUCAUCUAGUUCCAGCGGGGCGUUAGGAAGCAGCAAAAAAGUCCCCAGUGACUCCUCUAGAACGAGCUCUUCAUCCUCUUCCGCCUCACGCAAGAGGACACACUCCCAAGAUCCCUCAGCAGGAUCUCACCAAGCCUCUAAAGUCAGCAAGUCCUCUAGGAAUCCCUACCAGCUACCGUCCCUGUCUUCCUCCUCCGGGCAAACACUGGGGACACACGGUCCCGACAUCCUCCCCGCCCUGGGCCUUCCCCACCACCAAGGGAGCUUUUCGCACUCCAAAAGUGACAAGACAGACACUAACGGACACAGCGCGACAGGCGGAGCCCAGUCGAACGAGUACCAGGACACUUUUGAAAUGCUAAACUCACUUCUGAGCGCGCAGGGGGUGCAGCCGUCCCAGCCGUCCAUGUUUGACUACAGAUCCCAAUACGGGGACUACCGGUACAGCAGCGGCUCCAGAGGGAGCAACUCCAGGCCCCCGCCCCUGCCUUCAGACCCGCCUCCCCCACUGCCGCCGCUACCCAAAUGAGUUCCUGGUCAGGAGAUGUAUUAUGUACAUUGUACUUGACGUCACAAACAUCCAUCAUGUUACUUAAAGUAUUGUAAAAUGAUUUUUUUUUUUUAAACUCACUAAACAUUUUUAUAGGCUUCAGAGUGACAGCAGAGAAAUGUACCAGUGAGAUGAGUUUUUCUUUUUUUUUCUUUUUCUUUUUACGGUUCACUUGUGGGGCAAUAAUGAGAGGCUUGAAAAGCUUACAAAAAUGUGAGAAAAAUAUUUACAGGAAAGUGUAGAUACUAUUUUUUUGCUUUUCUGCUUUACUCAAAUGAAAUGUGAUGAUGGGACCUGGUAGUUUUUUUUUACCAUCACAGUUUUGGAGGAAGUCAUUGUCUUGAAAUCAUGAGGAAAAGAUUUCCAUCACGUACCUGUCAGGUCUUCUUACCGAUUGUCUUUUUUAUAAUGUUUUUUAUAGUAUGUUAUUUAUUAAUUGAAUGCUUUUAAAAAAAAAAACAAACAAACAUAAUCCCCCCCUCCCUUUUUUUUUUAACCUUGUUAAGGCCCCCCCCCCCCCUCCCAUGUUCUUUUUGGGCAGAGGGAUAUUUCUUCAUCAAGACUGUACAGGCGAAUUUGAGUGUGCAUGUCUCCAAAGCCAUCUUUUCAAUAUUUUUGUCUUUUUUAAAAAAACAAACAAAAAAAAAAAACACCCAUAACCUCAAAAAAUUAGGUGAUUGCCCCACCCCUGGUGUUAUCUUGCAUUAUUUAGUAAACUUGUACAAAGAUUGUAAAAUGUUUAAAACAAACAUGAAAUAUUUUUUACAUUUUGUUAUGAAAAAUUGCAAAAAAGAUGUAAAUUAACGGAGCUUGUACUUCUUUUUUUUUUUUUUUUUGGUUUUGAUUUUUAAGUGUUGCAGUCAUUGUUUUAAAUGGUUGUAAAAUAUUAUGUCAGUUCUCUUAACAAUUACACUAAUGGACACAGUUCAUACAAAGGUUUAUACUGUACAUCUAUGGGUCAUGAGGUUCAAAUAAUUCAAACAUAUCUACCCAGUAUGGUCACAGUGAAGGAAUUGCCAACAAAAAAAAAAAAAUCCCUCUAGAAAUAAAUGUGAGUUUUUUUCCUGUCAUGUAACUGUCACUUGUCCAUCAGUUUCCUCAGGAUCUGAUCACAGCUACGUGCAAAGAUAGAAGUAGAUAGAAAUAGGCUGCCUACACAGAUACACAUAAUUUACAGUGGUGUUUGCAUAAGCAGCACCCACUUUAACCCUGAAACUAUGCCAGAAAAAUAAAGUUUAUCUGCCGGUGCUAACUUUGUGGUGACCAUAUUGAGUUCAGUAUACAACAAAGUAUUCACAAUACACAUUAUCAAAGACGAAUCAUAGGUCAUCUGUAUGUCUUUAUGGUUGUCUUUCAUUUAUAGAUCUUCCCUUUUGGGGAUGUUUUUAAAAAAAAAAAAAAAGUGUAAAAUCCCAGUGUAUACCUGUGUUUUCAUGCUGAUCUGAUUUAAUCAUGUUGAAGUUGUCUUGUUACUCCAUAUGCAUUGAACCUUCAAAACUGACUUGAUGGUUGUUCAGCUUCAGAUUGUUUAUAUAAUCCAUCCACAAGCCAUGAUUUAAUCAAAAAAAAAGAAAACAACAAAAAAACGUUUGCAUGUGUUUCUUCAGUUGUGUAAAUCAUAACACGACAAGCAGCAGGUUAUACCUCCACUACAGGGUCAUGAGCAUGAAGUAUAAUACUGUUUAAUUAAUCUGAAUUAAUGUUUAAAUUUGUGUUUGAGCAAAAAUAAUGGAAGACUGCUAUAUGUUAGGAAGAGAAUCGGGUAUCAUCUGUACAUUUGAUUCAUAUUAAGCUUUAUAUGGUUUUGAUUGUAUAGUAUUACUGCUCUUAACCUGCUUUUUUUUUCUUCUUUUUUUUUGAACUUGUUAUCAAAAAUUUGUUUUAGGCAGUUCACAGUAAUGCAGUACAACAAAUCAGCCAUACAACUGUAAAAUGUUUUUGUUCCUUUGAUAUAUGGAAGACACACGGAAAAGAGUGCAGCUCUUUGCUCAGGCAGCAGAGGUUUUAAAGUCAUUAGUUAUUCAACUCUUGGUUGUAACAGGGAAAAAGUAAAUGCACUGAAUAUUUAUCUCGGUAGGUUUGCCUACAAUGCAAGUGACAAAGUGUUACAUGUAUAAUGGUGAGACUAUUAGAAUAGAUUUCAAUAUAUAUCAUUGCCAUUUUUAAAAAAAAAUUGUUUUAUUUGAUCUGGACAAAUCUUCCAAUUUUAAGUAUUAACUUUAUGCUGUGAGAAAGUCAUACAAAAGGACACAUUUCAAAAAUAAAACCCAUAUGUGAGAAAAAUGGAAGACACUCAUGCAACCUAACAAUGCAAAAAUCACAUAGCUACAAUAAGUUUCAUGUUUUUUCAUGUCUUGGUGUUUUUAGUGACACUCAGGUCUGGAAAUAAAACGUUUUGGGAUUUCUUUGUUUUUUUGGUUUAAAGGUUAUAUGUGAACACUGUUCUUUUUGAUAUAAUGUGGUUGCUUUAUUCCCAAUUAAAGUCAAUAAAUAUUUUAAGAAAA